ACAGCUCCCGAUGUCAUUCCACCAAUUUCAAAAUAACCAUCUCCGCCAGUCAUCUGGUCCACGCCGGUCGCUCUAAUUUCUAAAUUCUUCGAGCAUUUCAAGCAGUGUCGCGGAUAUUUGAAAUAUGGCUGACGAGCCAGAGCCAAAUACAAUUGACUUCAUCCCAGCCAUUUGCUUCGUGAAGCGUGGCGUCGCGAAAGAAAAACCUGACAAGGUUGUUCUCACCCCAGCUGAACUGGCACGAGUAAUCGCUGAUACCAAGGAGGAGAUUGAUGAAGCGGAAGAGGAGGAUGGAAAUGAUAGCGACGAUAAUGAAAACGAGGCAAUGGAGACGUCAGACAAUGAGAACAAUGAAAUCAACCUGUCCGCACCUAGGCCACACAAUGAGGGUGACGAGUUCAAUAUGGACAACUACGACGAUGACGAUAGUGUGCAAGUAGCUGGCCUUUCCACGAUUGCAGUGGUGGAUGAGAAUGAACGACUCGAGGAUGAAGAGGACUCUGAAGCUGAGGACGAUAUCAUCAAACCAACAGACAACUUGCUGUUGUUGGGACACGUCGCAGACGAUUCUUCAACAAUGGAAGUGUGGGUAUUCAACGAGGAGGAAGAAAGUCUCUAUCCGCACCACGAUUUCUUGUUGCCUAGCUUCCCGCUCUGCAUAGAAUGGCUGAACCACGAUCCUGGCAGCGAUAAGGACGGAAAUAUGUGUGCCAUUGGUUGCAUGGAUCCCAUCAUCACCAUUUGGGACUUGGACAUUCAGGACUCAUUCGAACCAACUUUCAGACUGGGCUCCAAAGGCAGCAGAAAGAAGAACAAACCGAAAUAUGGACACAUCGAUGCAGUGCUAGAUUUAUCGUGGAACAUUAACUUUCCACAUGUUCUAGCCAGCGCAUCAGUGGAUCAAUCAGUGAUCUUAUGGGAUUUAGACGAAGGUCAACCCCAUACGACAAUAAAAUCAUUCGAAGAGAAAGUUCAAUCGAUCGAAUUCCACCCAACUGAACCACAAAAUCUGCUGGCAGGUAGCUGUGACGGUUACGUGAGAUUGUUCGAUUGUCGAGAUCCUGAGAGUGAAUGCAAAAAAUGGAAAGUUGAAGCCGAAGUAGAGAAAGUUGUAUGGAAUCCUAUGAAUACUAGUUUUGUGAUGGCUGGCACCAAUGACGGCAACGUACACUACAUUGACAUUCGUAAAAAGAAGCCCCUGUGGUCAGUUAAAGCACAUUUAGAUGAAAUUUCGGGAAUAUGUUUCAAUCCAGAAGCAAAAAAUAUGCUGAUUACGUCAUCAGCCGAUGGAUUCUGUAAAAUAUGGAAAUAUAGUGAAAGUGAGCUAAAGCAAAUUUACUCCCACGAUUUUAAGUUGGGCCGAUUACAAUGCAUGAAACAAAGUCCAGAGGAUCCUUUCACAUUUGCAUUUGGAGGAGAAAAGCAAUCGCAACCAUUCAAAGUCUAUAACAUUAAGAAUUUCGAACCAGUGCGAUUUGCCUUCGGAAUUGAUAGUGAGCAAUGACGAUAACAUCUCACCUUCGCCUUUAUAAUUAAAUUUUUUAUUUUAACUGUGAAAAGUAUAUAAAACACAAAAUAGAGGAAUAAGUUCUUCAAUUUUUGUACAUCCAAUUUUGUUAUUUGGAUAUCUAUUUUUUGAAUAAACCAGAUGACAUGAA